AUUUAACAGAUAAAUGGGUCUAUUUAGCUUUAAGCCAGAGACCAAGAAGGAAGUAGCUCUUAAGUGGAUCACUAUCCCUCUAACAAUGAUACUAGUAAUGAUUGUUGGAGCUCCAGUCAAUCUUCCAAAUUAUUAUAAGGAGGCGAAGAACCCUUACUCAGAUAUUAUCAGGUUUUCAUCAUUAGCUGGCCAAUAUCUGGUCAUUAUUCCUGGUUUUCUGUGUAAAAGAGGAAUUCAGAGAUGAGUCAUGGAGAUCUCAAGCAUUGUUCUUGCUCUUUCAUAUUGUAUUCUUGGAUCUUUGGAUAAAUUCCAGAUAGGGAUAAUUGGGUUUGAUGCAGCAAUUAUCUCAUUUGCAUGAUUCUUAGCGAAUUUGGCAAGUACAUUGGUGAUUUUUAUUGCGAUUUCUUUAUGAAUUAGCAAUUAUUCUCAUGAAGAAGACCUCCUUCUCCCGAUCAUAAUUGCGGCUCACCUUGUUACUGCUGGAGAAUUUGAUGAAAAUAUCAAACACUUAUUAUUUAAUUUUAACGAGGAUUUCCAAAUGAGCCUCUUUUUCUUUAUAACAGGAGGUUAUGUUGGAAUUUGCUCUCUGCUGUUAUCUCUAACGAUCGAGAGAAGGACAAUAAAGAGCUUCCUCGUACAGUGGUUCUCUCCAGAUACUUUCGGAGUGACUCUUUUUGUGCUUUACUGUGCUUUAUUUAUUGAAGUAUUGGUUGCUUCACAGAUCAUAGAAGGUAAUUACCCAAUGACAGUUGCUGUAUUCAUCAUUGGGUGGCUCAUUUACCUAUAUAUUCCUUAUUUCUUCAGAAGGAUCAUUCUGGAUCAAGGUGUCAAAUUGAAAGGAUUCAAGAUGACUAAAGUAGUGAGAGAGGUCUCACUCUCAAAAUGUUUGAAAGACUCAAAGUUCCAACUAAUGUGAGUUCUCUCGGCUGUUAUAAAGGGAACUUCCCUCACAACUGUGCAUUACAUCAAGGAUAUCGGAGUAAUUCUCCGAAAAUACCAUGAAGUGGAACACCUUGAGAAAUCAUACUGGAUAGUAGCUGUUUCAGCAGUGUUCCUUGGAGGAAUUCUUGUGGUUUUCUUCAGAAAAUCCAUUCAUGCUUAUUUCUUUCUAUGAAUUGCUCCAUUUUUAUGAAUUUUUGGGUUCUACUACUUCCUUGGAGCAAGUUAUGGCCUGAUCAGUGUUAUUAUACCCCAAAUAAUCCUAUUUGGAGGAGGUCACCAGGACUUCGUGCAAACAUGGGGUUUCAUCUACCUUUGAGACCUCUUCGGGAUUAUAGCAAUGGACCUGAUUGUCAGAGCCAUUCUUUUAUGGAAUUAUCAGUACAACCUUCUUGUGUAUUUUGGUGUCUGAGCAUUUGUAAAUCUUAUUUUGUUUAUUGCCUGAAUUCGGAAAUAUUGCCAAAGAAAAUUGGCAAGGAAAGAAAUAAAGAAACAAAAGAAAGCAAAAAAGGAGAAGAAAAAGAAACUGAAAGAAACAAAUAAGAAUCCAAAGAAACAUAAAAAUACAACACCUUUGAAACCGAAAACUAAGAGAAAAAAGAGCUUUAAUGCUUUGAAUCUUGACACUUCACCCAAGCUUAAGAUAUAAAUUUUCAAUAGAUUUUGAGUUUAC